AUUUCUAUUAUAAUCACCCACCCACCUACAGAAAUCAUUGUACAAAAAAUGGAAACGCCACAAAAACCCCUCAUGAUCGUCGGCCUGGAUGACAGCGACCACAGUUUUUAUGCACUUCAAUGGACCCUGGAUCACUUCCCCAAUUCUCCCUUCAAGCUGCUCCUUCUUCACUCCAAGCCUUCUCCUACUUCUGCCAUCGGUUUCGCCGGUCCUGGUGCGGCUGAUGUUUUUCCCUUUGUGGAUUCGGAUUUGAAGAAGAUCGCUGCUCGAGUGGUGGAAAAGGCAAAGGAGCUUUGCCAUUCCAAAUCGGUGGAUGAUGUGAAUGUGGAAGUUGUGGAAGGCGAUGCUAGGAAUGUUCUAUGUGAAGCUGUAGAUAGGCACCAUGCUGCCAUGUUGGUGGUUGGUAGCCAUGGUUAUGGAGCAAUUAAAAGGGCGGUUUUGGGAAGUGUAAGCGACUAUGUCACCCAUCAUGCCCAUUGCACCGUGAUGGUAGUGAAGAAGCCAAAGACCAAACACUAAGCCAGCAGAAAUGGCCUCCUGCCAUUGCUAAGUUGGAAAGAUUUAAGGCAUGGUUGGUCAAACUUAAAGACUACUCCUAUCUGUGUAUGUGUGACCAUAAUACUUAUUCUUGUUUCGUGGCUCUUAAAUAAAACUUGUUUCAAUGUUGUAUUUCCUUUUUUUGUUAAUUGUGGGUGUGUACCUCGACUAAUUCCAAGAGCCCUGGAUAAAAUCCAGUGGAAUCGAACCGCUAAUGUCGUUUAGUAUUGUAUCUCUUUCAAAGCCUGUGUCUGGAUUUGUUUCCUUUAUUUCUAUAGUGGAGUAAACAAGCAGGUGUCAUUG